AUGGCUCGUCUGUCGAUAUUCUGCCUAGCAUACUUCACACUUACCCUUCUCUCCGGCGCGAACGCAUGGACGUUAACCUGGCGAAAUGAUACCGGCGCCCAAAUAGUCGACGGUGACUCGAUACGAAACUGUACCAGGAUUUAUCAUGAAAAAGGCCAGGAGUUCGCAUUCAACCCGGAAGGCGAAUGGUGUCUGAAAUUCUGGGAAGAGCCAACAUGCCAGACACAGAUCGGAAAGACGUGCGAGGGGCGAAGGUGGCAACAAAUUGCAUCGCGGAAUAUUUCUGCAUUUAACGUCUACGUCAUGCCGCCUGCUGACAUUAGUGCGAACGGUAUGGCGACAUCCACAUCGAGCACUUCAUCCACAACGACUACCACAUCUUCUGCGAGCACGAGUGCGGUUGCGACUGAAACAACUCAACCCGGAGGUGAUGAACCCCCGAGUUCCUCGCUAUCGGGUGGUGCAAUUGCAGGCAUCGUGAUUGGCGCCGUUGCCGGCGUCGCAAUACUCGCUGCAUUGUUCUUCUUUUGGGGUCGUCGAAAGCGCAACGCUGCUGCUCCGGCUCCGACCGAUACCACUCCAGCUCCUGGUCCAGAGCAACCUUUACCCGAGGCCGUAGAUCCACCGAAACCAGCCAUGUCGGAAACACAGACGCAGGUGUCCUCGGUGUCUCCAUAUGGUUAUCCUGUCGCCGGGGGUCAGACUGUGGAGCUUCCUGGGGAGAAGGUGGGCGCGGAAUUGAGCAAUAGCCGCCAGCUGGUCGAAAUGGGUAGCACUCCCUUGGCGGAGAUGGAUGGAACGAGCAUCGUUAAACGCCCUUGA